CCGUGUUGCGGGUCGUGAGUGGGUGAUGGGUGCUGUGUCUUCUUUCAAGUUGACACGAAGUUGACAUAUUGUGGAAAAAAUCCUAUCCCGUUCCGUUUUUUUCCCUCUCUCUUUCUCUCAAGCAUAUACUCUCUGAUAUCAUUUUAUGAUCUUCGUUAGACCCACUAAUGGCAGGAGAGUUGCGUAAAGAGAGGUUCACGGUUCCAGCUCAACCAAGAUCACUCCUGUAUUUACGUAUACCAGAAAGCUCCACAAUGUUCUAUUGCGAUAUUGAAAUUCACCAACGAUGGAAGAAAGAAAACUCGCAAAAUCCUGUGACACUUUGGCAAGAGGAUGCUGAAAUAAUAAAUGACAAAGACUCCAUUAAUGAUACGACGAAAAUCAACUGUUGCAAUAAUUCCUCAAAAACAUUGUUAUGUACAAAGGAUUCUCAAAACUCUCAAGAAAAAGAGCCACCCUCUCCAACCACUCUACAAUGGGGUAGGGCUAUAGCUGAAGUGAAAGAACAUGCUGUAACAAAAUUGCAAGAUGAACUUAAGAGAGCACAUGAGGAGUUAAAGUUAAAGGAUGAAGAAGUUACAAGACUCUCAAGAAUCAAGCAGGAUGUUGAAGCUGAAUUGGAGGAACUCACUGCCAGUCUCUUUCAAGAGGCACAUAACAUGGUACGGGAAGCAAAUAUACGUCAAGCUACAGCAGAGCGCUUAUUGGAGGAAAGUCGUAUGAAAGCUGAAGUUUUGGCAGCCGAAGUGGCAGCUCUGAAAACGUUAGUGUUAACUUCAACGCCGGCUAAACCAAACUUUCAUCUGCAUCCGCAAAUCGAUACGAAAAGUCGUCCAAAUAGCGAGGAUUGCCAACAAGGUCUUUUUGCAAGAAAACAUCGAAGGUCACCAUCACAUUUCAAUCUAAAAUAUGGUCGAGAGAGUUCUCCACCGGAUUCGCCGUUGAAAGAACAAAGACCAUCUCUGCCGUCGGAUCGAGAGACUCUAGAGAGAGAGUGGAAGAAAGACACAGAGAAAGAGAAAGACAAAGAAUGCAAAGAUUUGGGCCUUGAAGUUGAUCCUAGAGUACAUACAGAGUUUCUUAAAUGGAAAGCUAAUCCGUGUGUGGACAAAGGUGAUCCUUUCGUUGGUAGAAUCUUUAAUGAAGACAUCGAUCUUUGCCUUGAUUUCCCUAAUAAAGAAUUGGGUACAAAAGUUAGACAAGCCGUUCUCGAUGGCAUCAUCUUUAUCGAAGCGAUCAGCGACAAAACUAAAUUCACUUUUCCAAAAAAGUGUGUACUACUUGAAGCACCACGCCAAUGUUAUUAUCGAAUGAGACUCGGGGAUCAAGAAAAUCAGUGGUACAGCAUAUCACAAAUCUGUCGCAAUCGAAUCAUAGCGGUCUGCGAUUUCUUGAAUUACCUCCGUUAUAUCGAGCGUGGUCUUGUCAAAAGCUCAGUUCACGAUGUUUAUUGGGAAAUUACACGAUUACGAAAGGAAAUGGCAUUUGCUCGUUUGGGCCUAGCACUAUCGUCUUAAAACACUCUCCAUGCAGGACUUCUUCUAGUCUUAAAUGUAACAAAUUAAGCCAUGGAUCUGUUAUUAUUCAUUUACAACUAUCAACAAGUAGAUUGUUAAAAAAUUUUAAUCGUUCCAA